CAAUCCAACCGCUGCUGCUGCUUCCCAAAUUCGCUCUCACUCACUCUCUCCUCCUCCUCCUCCUCCUCGAAUGGCCACCCACACCCUCGCGGUGGUCCUCCGGAGCUCGACCGCCGGCCCCCAAUUCCUCCUCGCGAAGCAGCGCCGGCCUCCGAAGUUCGGCGACGAGGAGUACGAUGCCUACGUCGAUUCCGAUCUCUGGGACUUGCCCUCUGCUCCGCUGCGCCCCCUCGCGGGACGGCCGGGCGAGCUCCAUGCUCGCAUCGGAGACGCGGCUGCGUGCUCUGAGAAGGUCGAUUUGGGACGAUUCGAUGUGGAUUCUGCCAUCGUGGAGGUACUUGGCGAACUGGGUCUGGGGUUUGUUGGGCUGGAGGUUUCUGAUGUGGGUGAGUGGAGGUUCUUCAAGUAUGUCGAAGAAGCAGAGUUCGGACCGGGAUUACCUGUUAAUACGGUCUUCAUUGAGGGCAAAUUGAUCUCCGGGGACUGUAAUUUACCAGAGUCAUGUAAAUGGAUGUCCGUUGGAAGUUGCCUAGGCUGGCUUGUGGACGUGAAACCAAGUAGUGACCGUGUUGGACCUUUAACGGUUCUCGGUCUAAUUAAUGACUCUAUGCCCCAGUCCAAAUUUAAGGUCCCGUCAACCUUAAUUUAUCAGGAGUAUCCUCCAGGUGUUGUAAUUGUUCCUAUGGGAAGUAGGACAGCAAAGCCUUUUCGCACCACCAAUUUAGUGGUGUUUGCACCUGCGAGUGGUUCAGAUGAAUGUGGGGAAGGUAGUUUUAUUAUGUCAGGAGAUGCGCUCAUAGUUGAUCCAGGAUGCCGAUCCCAACACCAUGAAGAGCUUGAGAAAAUUGUUGCUGCCUUGCCAAGAAAGUUGAUUGUGUUUGUCACCCAUCAUCACCAUGAUCACAUUGAAGGUCUCUCAGUCAUUCAGAGAUGCAACAGUGAUGCCACCUUAUUAGCUCAUAAAAAUACCAUCUCUCGCAUUCAGAAAGAUGUUUGGUCUCUUGGUUCUACUCCGGUUUCGGGAGCAGAAGACAUUUGGAUUGGGGGUGAGAGGUUAACUAUAAUUUUUGCACCGGGGCAUACAGAUGGACAUAUGGCACUAUUGCACAGCAGUACUCACUCACUUAUAGUAGGUGAUCAUUGUUUGGGCCAAGGAAGUUCGAUACUGGAUGUUGAUUCUGGUGGAAAUAUAAUUGAUUACUUCCAAUCAACAUACAAAUUCAUGGAGCUUUCUCCACAUGCACUCAUCCCCAUGCACGGGAGAGUCAACCUGUGGCCAAAGCACAUGCUUUGUGGAUAUCUGAAGAAUCGUAGGAAGAGAGAGGAAUCCAUAUUGAAAGCUAUAGAAGGUGGAGCGCAUACAUUAUUUGACAUUAUUGCAAAUGUCUAUUCUGGGGUUGAUCGCAGUUUUUGGCUUAUUGCUUCGCAUAAUGUGAGGGUUCACGUGGAUCAUUUGUCCCAACAAGAAAAGUUGCCAAAGGACUUUUCAAUUCAAAAGUUCCAAAGAAGCUGUAAGCUGCAAUUCUUCAUUCGUUGGCUCUGGACCUACUUUAUAUAUCUGUUGUUGGUGAGGUGCCGCAAGCUAAGCAAGUCGACAUUUAUAGUGUCUGGCCUGAUAGCUGGCUUCGCCUCAAUUUACUUAUUCAAAAGAAGCUCAUUGUCGAAUAGUUAAGGAGAGGAACUUGCAAUCCUAGUACUCAGAACAGAGUUAUAAAGUUAUGUUGUUCAAACAUGAAGUUCGUGUAUUGGUGAUCAUAUGAAAUUGAAAUCACUGAGUUUAUCCGCCA